CAAAAGCGAGUUUUACGGCCAAAAUAUGUCACCUAUGCGGUACAUGGGCUGGAUGACGGGCUGCUCGGUGUUAACGGUGUUUGUGUCGAUUAUCUGGCAGACAUUCCUCACGCUGCAGACCCUAAGUAGAACCACAGUGUUGCUCACCGGUCUCCUGGCCAUCGAAAGCUCGCUAAAGAGACCCGCCAACGAGACGCCUCCCAAGGUGGCCAUUGGCUAUGGAGCGUGCACUGAUCUGCAAAUCAACGCCACAGAGUUCCUAAACAGGUACUACAAAGACUACAAGAUCCCCACAGUGACCACAUCUGCCAGGGACGUCGUCAAAAACGAAGACGAGCUGCUGCAAUCGUUUGCAUAUUAUUUUCAGAACGGUGCUGCCGCGGAGCGGGUGAUGGCGAACGGCACGUUGUUCAAGCAAUUGAUUGAGUUUGCUAAGGUGAUGGACAAGGAGCGUAUCCAUUGGUACAUGGGCGGCAAUGCUCCCCUGAUGGCUAUGCGAUUUUUCAUGGAGGGAGCCGAAGUCUUGCUGGGCGCACACAUGUCCAAAAAAAUGCGUCCCCUGCUGCCCAAGGAGAUUCGGCUUGCAGGCGUGGAGAUCCCCGACGAUGACAUACAUAUAAUACUGGAGUACAUGGCGGGCGAUGUCUGGGGUCCUUAUGUGGCACCACGUGCCAAUCGCUAUAUACUGCACAACGACAAGAACAAUCCACAUAUCAGAGCAGUGGAGGAGAUGACAAAUGCCUUAAAACUUUACCACCCCCAAUUGCUGGUGGUAAGUGGCCUCCAGAUGAUGGAUAUGUUUAGCUUUAAUCCAGGAGAGCGAGAGAAGCGCCUGCAACAAGUAAAAAUGCAGCUGAUCAGCCAGCCCAGCGAUACACGGAAUCAUUUUGAGAUGGCCUCCUAUGUCGAGCUGAAACUGCUGCAAGAGCUGCGUCAGUUUGUGCUUCCCUAUGUGGACUCACUGGGCAUGAACGAACAAGAGCUGUCCAAUUUGCAGCAGGUCCUGACCCAUGGCCGCACCACCCUGGCAACCGACUGCAAUCCACGCAUUGCCCACACACUGGAUCAAAUGCGACAGGUUUUCAUCCACUUGCUGGAGGAUUACAGCGUUGAGAGUCGUAGCGAUCCUAAGCGACGCCGGGUCUCGCGGCUUCAUGUACACACACUGGCCUAUCAGGCAAUCUUCACCAUCGUCGACUCCCAGUGGAAGAACACGCAGGCUGCGGCCGCCAAGGCGGCCCUGACCGCUCAUCGCUACGUCUGCAAGUCGCAGUUUAUCAAUCCGGAGUCCGUGCUCCAGGUGCUGGACGACAGUUUUGCCACAUCCAUGCAGGAGAAUGCGCCACGCAUGCGAAUAAGUGCGGCCAGUCCGGUGCCCUGCUGGAAGGAGCACGUACAAUAUGGUCGCGAUCUGGAGCGCAUCAAGGUGGAGAUCUGUGUGGCCCCCGUCCUAGUCUGUCGCGAGGCCAGGAAAACGGCCGGCGCAGGGGAUAACAUAUCUGCCUCUGGCCUGGCAGCGCAGCUGUAAUGUAUAACCUUAAACGUAUUACCACGAUGACAGUGAAAACGAUGGGACCGGCAAGACUGCUUAGUAUUUACCUAGAAACCUGCAAUCCAAGACUCGAAUAGAAAAACAUGGACUCAAACCCAAACACACGAUGCAUUCCCCCGUUGGAUGGACUUAGAUAUAGUACUCAGCAUAUUUAGCACCUUAGUGACCUUAGAAACGCGUUACCUUCACACAAUUUUGACGAAAUGCCCAAGAGAGCGGCACGAUAACAUCGACAACCAAUUUUGAUAACAUAUCUAGGAUGAGUUUUGCAAAGGAAGGGAGGACUAAAAGAGAGAUCUCUUUAGACUAGACUAGAUUCGUAAAGUACUACUAAUCCUUCUCCAACUCAUUACCCUCCCCCCGUAAAUUGUGUUUCAAAUUAUUCCUCCUGCAUAAUGCUAAUAAUCGGAAGAAAAAAAACCAACCUAGUCCUAAAUUUGUUAGUCAGUGAUUCGACACUUUUUGAUAUUGUGAACCAUUCAUUCCUACUUACAAUUUGUUUUGCGCACUUGGUUUCAAGCUCAAAAAUAUGCACUGCAUGAGCAGUCCGCUUCCAGACCAUAAGACACUUGUGUGAUCCCCUCUUUAGAGACUUUAUUUCUUAAUGCCUUUUUUAUAAGCGGACUUCCUCGACAAAUUAUUCAAUAUUUGACCAAUCCUGUUAAAUAUGUUUAAAACAUCGGCUCGAAACUCGGUCGCUUGCCUUUCCAGCACAAGUGUCUUACAAUUGCGAAACGUACUGUUCAAACACUAUACACAUACUUAUUAUAUGAUUCUGACGAAUGUGUAAUAAAAAUUUCUGUUGAAAGCUUCAAAUUAAAA